UAAAAAAUACAAACACAUGAAUUGGCGUUGAAUCCAGGCAUAAAUAAUGAUAAUUGAAAAAAAAUGAACUAAAAGAAUUUUACAAUAUAAAACGAUCAAGCUAAGCUAUCCAAAUAAAUUAUUGGCAGACGAAUUCGUAUACGAACGAAUAAAUUAUUAGCGGUCAUUCUUGGAAACGCGUAUACAGUGAAUGGAUAAAUAAUAAUAUUAAUUAUUAGUAAAGAAAAGCGAGGGUCAGCGAUUUUUGCAUAAGUUCAACUUCAUUUCUUGGUCGCUUCCCUUCUUUGCGAUAUUAUUAAUGUUGGAUCAAUCGAUAUGUAGAUUUUUUUGUAUAAAUACAGCGACUCAUUUCUUGAACAAUGGUUAGUCUAGUUCGCGUUAAAAUCGUAUCCGGAUCAUAUCUCCUAUUUGUGAUUAAAAUUACUGCUUUAACAAGACUUAACAAAAUUUUCAAUUUUCGUUCAUUUGUAUACGUGCUUGUGUCAACAUCAUCGUCAAGUGAAGCCAGUGCUUGUGAGGAAUUAUUGGAUAAUUUUGAAAAUAAAUUUAUUGUGCAAUUCACCAAGAGUCGUAUAUUAUAUAAAAAAUGUCGUCGAAAAUGAGUUCAUUCGACAUGAAAAAGAAUGAAAUCAUAACGGAAAAGAACUACGUAUCAAGUAGGAAUGAAUUGUUCCGUAUUUUUCCCUCUUGUCCUGAGGAAGAAAUCGUUAUUAGUGGUAUAGCCGGUCGCUAUCCAAGCUGUGACAAUGUUGAAGAUUUUCGUCAUCAUUUGUUCAAUGGGAUCGAUAUGACAUCCGAAAGAGAAGCACGGUGGAGUAACGACUUUUCUCAAGAGCUACCACGACGCAAAGGCGUAUUGAAUACGAUCAGCAAAUUUGAUGCCGCAUUCUUUGGGAUCCACAGCAAACAAGCCAAUUCAAUGGACCCACAAGGACGUGGACUUAUCGAAGUUGCAUACGAAGCGAUUCUCGAUGCUGGAAUACAUCCACAAUCGUUGCGUGGAACGAAUACAGGAGUUUUUGUUGGCGUUUGUUUCUCUGAAGCAGAAAAAUUUCAUGUCUGCGACCCAACUACCAGCAGCGGAUUUGUAAUAUCUGGUUGUAGCAGAGCCAUGUUGGCAAAUCGCGUUUCUUAUUGCUUGGGUUUAAAUGGACCAUCGUUUGCCAUCGAUACAGCAUGUAGUAGUUCAUUAUACGCACUUGACCAAGCUUUUAUGGCCCUAAGAAAUGGCAAAUGUGAUAGUGCUUUGGUUUGUGGUACAAAUUUGCUGUUGCAUCCAUUCACCACAAUCAAUUUCUUUCGUUUGGGUGUCAUCUCUAAGGAUGGAACAUGUCGAAGUUUUGACGAAGAUGGAUCGGGUUACGCUCGUUCUGAAUCAAUUUGUGGGUUAUUUUUACAAAAGGCUCUCAAUGCCAAACGUAUUUAUGGGAAAGUAGUCUAUUCAUCAACCAAUGUGGAUGGAUAUAAGAGCGAAGGAAUCCUUUAUCCAUCGAGAGAUAUGCAAUUUAAACUAAUAGACGAAUUUUAUAAGAGUUUAAAGCUUGAUCCACGCAUGGUUUCGUAUGUUGAAGCUCAUGGAACUGGAACAAAGGUCGGUGAUCCUGAAGAGUGCAGCAGUUUAGACAACGUUUUUUGUAAAAAUCGCAAAGAGCCAUUGUUGAUCGGCGCAGUGAAAUCGAAUAUGGGUCAUUGUGAAGCCAGCUCGGGAAUUUGCUCUGUGACAAAAUUACUUUUAGCAUUUGAAUCUGGAACGAUACCUCCAAAUUUGCACUUCAAAAAUCCAAGAAAAGAUAUCCCAGCUCUUGUCGAAGGUCGUUUGAAAGUAUGUACGGAAUUAACACCACUUCCGGGAAAUUUAGCCGCGGCUAAUUCAUUCGGGUUCGGCGGUGCAAAUGCCCAUGUACUAUUUGCGCGUUUUGAGAAAGAAAAGGUCAACUUUGGAAUGCCGAAUGAUUCGGUUCCACGUUUAGUUCUAUGGGCUGGCCGUACAAAGGAAGGUGUAGAAAAGGUUUUUGAUACACUUGAAACAAAACCAUUGGAUGCAGAAUUGAUUGCAUUAUUGCACAACAUUCAGAAGUAUGAACAAUCUGGUUUUUUGUAUCGCGGCUACAGUAUUUUAGGAAAAACCGAUGCCAACAACAAUUUCACUGCUAAGUGUAGAAGUCGCAUGAUUGAGCACGUUGAUGUGAUCAAACGGCCAGUUGUUUGGGUAUUUACUGGCAUGGGUUCGCAAUGGACUGGAAUGGGUACAUCAAUGAUGCAAAUUGAUAUCUACCGACAAACAAUGUACCAAUGCCACGAAAUUUUAAAACCAUACGGAUUAGACCUACUAUCGAUUAUUACGUCUACUGAUGAAACAACAUUCGAUAAUAUUCUAAAUUCAUUCGUCGGUAUUGCGGCCAUUCAAAUAGCAAUUGUAAACAUUUUGAAGGCGCUCGACAUUCCAUCCGAUUAUUUCAUCGGUCAUUCGGUGGGAGAAUUGGGGUGUGCUUAUGCAGAUGAUACCCUCACUGCUGAACAAAUGCUUUUGGCGGCUUAUGCACGAGGCGUAGUAAGCAUUGAAACUCAGUGCACCUUUGGCUCAAUGGCUGCUGUUGGCUUGAGUUAUGAAGAAAUCAAAGGUAUGCUGCCACAUGGCGUGGAGGUCGCAUGCCAUAAUUCGUGCAAUUCGGCAACAAUUUCUGGACCAAAGGAAGACGUUUCGAAGUUUGUUGAAGAACUUAAGGAAAAAGGUGUUUUUGCAAGAGAAGUAGCUUGUUCAAACAUUCCAUAUCACUCGAAAUACGUUGCUGAAAUGGGACCAAAACUUCUGACAAAACUUCGUGAAUUUGUACCACAGCCAAAACGGCGUUCAGACAAAUGGAUCAGUACAAGUGUACCCAAAGAUGAAUGGGACGUUGAAGGAAAUAAAUUCAGUUCACCCGAAUACCAUACCAAUAAUUUGUUGAAACCGGUUUUGUUCGAGGAAGCUUCGAAGUAUUUACCCGUGGACGCAAUUACCAUCGAAGUGGCUCCACAUGGUUUGUUGCAGGCCAUCAUUAAAAAAUGCAUGCCAAAAGGUAUUCAUGUUCCGUUGACACAUCGAGGAAAUAAAGAAAAUGCCACUUUCUUCCUGUCUUCGCUGGGAAAGCUUUUCAUGAAUGGCAUUUCAAUGCCGAUUGAGCGUUUGUAUCCUGCGGUAAGCUUCCCUGUGUCGCGUGGAACACAAAUGAUUUCACCGCUGAUUCUUUGGGAUCACAGCCAAGAUUUUUCUGCUGAUGAAUAUGACGAAAAAGCAACGAACAUUCCUUGCGAGAGAAAAUUGAUGUUGAAUAUUAGCGAAGAUGAUUAUAGAUACAUGGCGGGCCACAUUAUUGACGGAAGAUGCAUACUGCCUGCAACUUCUUACUUACAUUUCGUUAGAGACACGAUAAUAUGCAUGACUCCGGGCGCACACUUUGAGGGUCUGGAUAUUGAAUUUGAAAAUGUUAAAUUCCUUCGUGCUACGUCUCUCGCAAAAGACGUUCUAGUUAAACUGACAAUAGUGGUUCACAUUGGAACGGGAGACUUUGAAGUAAGCGAAGGUACAACAGCAGUUAUGAGUGGUAAUAUAAAAGGGAUGAAUAACGGUAAACCCAUAAAAGACCUUUCACGGUGGAUAAAACCAAAUCCAAAUGCCACCAUUUUGGAUAGUAAAGAUUUUUAUAAGGAGCUUCGGUUGCGUGGCUAUCAUUAUUCUGGUAUUUUCAAAUCAGUUAAUGAAAUUCAGAGCGAUGGAACGGUUGGAAAGAUCAAGUGGGCAAAUAAUUGGCCAUCAUUUAUGGAUUGUAUGCUGCAGGUCAAUAUUCUUGCCAUUGACUCUAGAUCGCUGUUUUUGCCAACGAGCAUUCGCAAGAUCCGCAUAAAUAUGGAAAAACAUUUGAAAGCUGUUGAACAAUUGGAUCCAGAAAAUCCUGUCAUGCAAGUCCUAAUGAGCAAGGAACUGGGUACCGUUACUUGUGGAGGAAUCGAGAUCGAAGGUCUCAUUUGCAGUUCAGUAAGCCGUCGAAAGGCACCGGGAACGGAAGUGUUAGAGUCAUAUGAAUUUAUACCGUUCAAUAAUGAUUCGAUUGAAUUGAAGCCCGUUGAAGCUGCGUCAAUUAUUACGCAAAUUGGUAUGGAAAAUUUAAUGCAAUAUAAAAUCAAAAUUGUUGAAGUUGAUGAUACCGAUGAGUCGGAGUUAGAAUCAGAGUCAAAAUUAGGAACAGACAUGGAGACGCAGUUAGAAACGGAACAAGAGACAGAGUCAGAAGAACCAGAAUUAAAGACAUUGAUUCAAGCAUUUGAUGAAGCAAUCGUUAAUAUGCCAUUAGUUAUGGCGGAAUUGACGCUUUUGCGCAAAAACAAACUUGAGAUUGACCAUGUAAAGGUGGAAGAUGGUGAACUCAAGAACCACAAUAAUUGUCAUUUAAUUAUUGGGACAAAUUGGUUGAGUAACAAGGAGUCGAUUGAACAAGCGAAAGCCAGUUUGAUUGAUAAGGGAUUUUUGGUUCUACGGGAAGAUAACCACAUUCGAUGGAAUGAAAUCGAAUGUCCGGCAGGCUUCAAUUUGAUCUCCCUUCUUAGAAUUCCGGAUGAAACAUUAAUUUUACUGCAACGAAUUCCACCAGAAGAUAGCAACCAAAACAAAACCCACAUUAGCAUCGACUCGACCGAUAUGGCAUUCGAAUGGAUUCAACCACUGAAAGACGCUGUUAAGAAUGGGCUUAAAAUCGCAGUGGAGCAAAAUAAUUACGAUUCUGGUAUUAUCGGUUUGAUCAAUUGUAUUCGUCGGGAGCCGGGUGGAAACAUGAUUCGAUGUGUGUUAAUUGAUGACAAGUCUGCACCGGAAUUCGACCUCAACCAUGCUCUGUAUAGCAAUCAAUUGAAAUCGGAUUUGGCUGUGAAUGUCUAUAGAAACGGACAAUGGGGUGCAUACCGUCAUCUCCAAUUGAAAAAAGACAUGGAAGAAAAGGGUCGAUCUGAACACUACUACGCGGAUGUUCUACGAAUCGGCGAUUUAUCAACGUUUGAAUGGAGGACUGGCUGGAUAAAUUCGGUCAAAUCGCAAAACCUCGUAAAUAUUCAUUACUCGGCUAUCAAUUUCCGCGACGUAAUGUUGGCAACCGGCCGCUUGCCGCUUGAAGUACAUAGCGAGAAAAGAAUAGAACAACAAUGCGUACUUGGUUUGGAAUAUUCUGGAGUAACUCCGGAGGGAGAGAGAUUAAUGGGCAUGAUUCCGACCGGAUCAAUAGGAACACAAACAGAAAAUAUAGACAAUUUGACGUGGAAAGUACCAGAUUCGAUGUCACUGCGCGAUGCGGCCACAAUUCCAGCAGUAUAUACUACCAUCUAUUAUUCGUUCUUUUUUUAUAGACCAAUCUCGAAGGGAAAAUCCAUCCUCAUUCAUGCUGGAAGUGGGGGUAUAGGCCUAAGUGCAAUUCGAAUUGCACUUGCGUAUGGAAUGGAAGUAUUUACGACUUGUUCCUCGGAACAAAAGAAACAGUUCAUUUUGGAGCAAUAUCCCCAGCUAAAAGAAGAAAACAUUGGAAACUCGCGGGACUGUUCAUUUGAGGAUAUGAUUAUGAUUCAAACGAAUGGAAAAGGUGUUGACUAUGUUUUGAAUUCGUUAGCUGAGGAUAAAUUACAGGCAUCAGUUCGUUGCUUAGGUUUUGGUGGUACAUUUUUGGAGAUCGGAAAAUUUGACAUUUUCAACAAUAAUAAUCUGGCAAUGGGACCAUUUGCAAAAGAAAUUCAAUUCCGCUCCGUUUUUGCUGACCGAUUGUUCUAUUUACCCAAGGAGCGCGCAUUGCUUAAUAAAAUGCUGCAAAAAGAUAUUGACAAUGGACUGAUUCAGCCAUUGCACACGACUGUUUUCCAAGUAAAUGAAAUUGAAAAGGCUUUCCGUUACCUUAGCACAGGCAAACACGUCGGAAAGGUCUUGAUUCGAGUGCGAGAAAAUGAAAAAUCCAUAAUGUCAUGCCCCAUACGAGUAUUUCCAAGAUCAUACUGUGACCCUCAUAUGGUUUAUAUAAUUGCUGGAGGUUUGGGUGGCUUUGGAUUGGAGUUGGCCGAUUGGUUAGUAUUGCGAGGCUGCAGAAAACUUGUACUCAGCUCACGUACUGGCGUAAAAACGGGAUAUCAAGCAUAUCGUAUCAAAAUUUGGGAAUCAUACGGGUGCAAAGUUAUCAUCAGCACGGCUGAUAUAACAACAAAUCAAGGAUGUAAAAAGCUCCUUAUUGAAUCACUGACACAUGGGGUAGUAGGCGGUAUUUUCAAUUUGGCCGUUGUGCUUCGUGAUAGCAUUUUGGAAAAUCAAACUGCUGAUAAGUUCUUCGAAUCAUUCGGGCCAAAAGUGUUCGCCACAAGGUACCUCGACGAAUUGUCUCGAGCUCUUUGCCAAAGAUUACACUAUUUUGUUGUAUUCUCGAGCGCUUCUUGUGGUCGCGGUAACGCAGGUCAAAUGAAUUACGGUAUGGCUAAUUCGAUAAUGGAACGUAUCAUUGAGAAACGUGUAAGAGAUAACUUGCCUGGAAAAGCAAUUCAAUGGGGUGCGGUUGGUGAGGUUGGUCUCGUUGCUCAAAUGGCUGAAGAGAAAAUCGACAUUGAAAUCGCUGGAACGGUGCAGCAACGAAUUUCAGCUUGUCUCAAUGUGAUGGAUAGCCUUCUAUCGUCAAAGCAAGCAGUCGUUUCUAGUAUGGUCGUAGCUCAAAAACACGCUAUAAACAAAAUGAAUUCAAUUCAAAGUGUGCUCCACAUCAUGGGCAUACGUGACAUAAAAUCCAUUUCAAAGAAUUCAUCUCUAGCUGAACUUGGUAUGGACAGUUUGAUGGCGGUUGAAAUUAAACAAGUACUCGAGCGUGAAUUUGAUGUUAACUUGACUGCCCAGGAUUUGCGAAGUCUAACUUUUGCCAAGCUUCAAGAACUUACCGAUUCCAGCAAAAAGGGCGAAAAGGCCUUGUCCAUCAAGAAUGAAUCGGAGGCCGAUAGAAAUAUGUUACUCCGUAGCAUAGGUAAUGAGGAAACUGCCUACAAAAUAAUAUCGCCACUGAAUGAAACAGGUAAAAUGAAAGAAGGCGACGCUUAUGCUCUAUUCAUUCCUGGAAUAGAAGGUGUCAUCAGUCCUGUAUUAUAUACACUAUGUAAGAAUAUUGAAAUACCGAUAUUUGCCCUGCAACUACAUGCACAUUACAAGGAAGAGACAUUCCAAAAUCUGAUUUCAAUGAUUUCAAAAGAUGUGCUGAAUUUGUUCACCGGUAAGAAGAAGUUCUACUUAGCCGCUCACUCAUUCGGUUCACUGGUGGCGAUCGAACUAGCAAAAUUGCUUGAACGAAAUGGCUUGACCGGUGAGGUCAUUAUUGCAGAUGGUUCUACAGCAUUAUUAAAAAAAACAUUAGCAGUUUUGAUGCCAAACAUGGAUCCAAGUCAGGAAAAUGUUGGCAUAUUUCUACAAGCGCAGCUUGCAUACGUAGUUCUACCUGAAGUUCAAACUCAUGAAAUUCAAAAAAUACUUCUAAAAGAAAAGACAAUUGAGGCCCGAAUGGAUAAAUACAUUGGCCUGAUGAAAAAACCCGACUAUACCCACUCAUAUAUAAAGCACAUGGGCUAUGGCAUUAUUAAUCGUGUGGGAAUGGUGUUACGUGAAGCUGAAGUGUACACCGGCGACAAAAUCCAAUCAAACAUCACAUUGAUUCGCCCAAAAAGUAAUUUGGUUGUUGACAUUGAAAACGAUUAUCAGCUUCAACAAUACACAAACGGCCAAGUAUUCGUCGAUUUCAUCGAAGGCACCCACUUAACGAUGUUGAAUAAUCCGCAGCUAUAUCAAAUCAUCAACGCCAUAUGCACGAACAAAAGACAGGAUUGAAUUAAUUCAAUCGACAUGUGAAAAUCUAAUCACAUUGUGAAAUAAUUUGAUUUGGACACCGUUUAUAUUUAAGUUUUCGGGAGAUUUUUUAGAUUUAAGCACGGACGAUACUUUGGCAACAGCAACAUUAUAAGUAUAAAUUUUGAAAAUAAAACAUUGUGAAUAUAUG